AUGCGAUCGCUAGUCUUGGUUCUCUUAUUUCUCUCGAUUUUCACUUUGGCCUGGACAAACCAAAUCAGCAUGGAUCAGUUGGGUAGGAAUAUUCAGCUUCAUGAUGGGCAUAUCGGCUUUGGGGCUUGUAUCUUCUUAUAGUAUUCAACCGUCCAAAUAUCUGGGAAAAAUAUUGGCGAAUAAAUCCGAGGGCUAGCCGGAGGUUUGCGCGCCCCGACUUUUCGGGUCAACACAAAAUCGAUUGAUACGGGGCGUAGGGCGGGUGGGCACCAAAAAAAGUGGUAGGAAGUGCCUACGACGCCUGGAAAAGCCGUUGGAUGGUUGGCGGACGCUCGGCGACAAUAUGCCCACUUUUUCUAAUUUUGGUUAUUUUUAACGUAGUUUUCCUUACCCUGAGCUAUUGUAACAAAACGAUAAUUUGUACUAACUAAGCUUCUCCUAGCCUCCCCUAGACAUAGGAUGAAUCCUAUUCUAUGCAUAGCGGCGCGAGUCAUAGCAUGAUUCGUUGACAACUGCCAAUUUGGUCAAUAUGGCUCGACUAAUCAUUUUAGGUCCUUUGACAACCAUUCCAACUCUUUGCCUAGCUAUUUAUCACAUUUUAUGUCAGUGUAAAUUUUUGGGGCAGCCAUUUAAAACACGAUUUCUGAGUCACUGGAUCAGCCAUGGACAUAGGAAAAAAUCGAUUUUGAGUUUUUGAUUUUAAAAUGACUGUAGGCAUCCUAUAAACAUAAUGCUGAAAUAUUUUUGCCCAAUUCCUUCAUUAACCUACUGUAAUUUACAAUUUAAUGAUUUUACAGUAAUCGACCAUUACAAGAAAACUACUGAUUAGAAAUGGCUGAAAUUGGUAAUACUUAUGUUUUAGGCCAUGUCCAUCAUAACAGUUACAGGAUUUCAGCAGUCGGGUUACUGCAACAUACCGCAAUAUAGGUUCGGCCGCACAAAAUCGGCCAUAAAAAAUUUGUUUCUGAAAACCCGCAGCUGAUUUUUACAUAUGUUGAUCAGCGUAAAAUUCUGCCCUAGAAACAUAAAAAAAAAGUGUAAAAAGCCAUGAUCCGUUUUUCGUGGUAUAGUGGAUUUUGGCCAAAUUUAGUAAUCCAAGGGUCGCGAGUUCGAUCCCCAUGGAAGCAAAAUCCUUAAUACUGCCCAGAACCAUAAAAAAUCAAUUGGGCUGAAUUGUAUAGCAUGCAUGGGAAGUAUGAAAACCUUUAUAAAAAGUGAUUUGCAUUUUUGAAAGCAUUUUUUGAGGAUGACAUCAGAAUUUUGUUUUUCGUGGAUUACGGUGCAAAUUUAGCACAGGAAAGUUGGUAAAAAUUACUGUAUAGAAGUUUUCAAGCCUUCUAAAUUCAAUGGGACAAAUUUUUCGGACCUAGGAUUACUGUAACAUACACAAAACGGAUUUCGGCCGCUUAAAAUCGGCCGUAAAAACGUUGAUUUCAAAAAAACGUCAUUAAUUCUACGAUUUUUGGAAUCAGCGUAAAAUUCCACACUAUAUCAACUUAAAAUACAGUCAUGUUGUCAAAUACUUUUUUCUCUUUGGAGAAUUAUUUUCAUAUUUGAAAUUUGUAAAUAAAACUGCAUUAGCAAUGGAAUUAGACAAAAAUACUUUGAAGCUACAUUUUAUUGGUGGUUGUACAUAUUUCUAGCCUAGAAACUCAGGAUUUUAUUUUUUGAUUUUAGCGGAUGACUUCACUCACCCCAAAAUUUGUGAUUUUACGGCAAAAAAUUCUGUAAAAUUCAAGCGGUCAACUAAGGUACAGUAUGUAAUGAUUCUAGAGCCAAAUUUCACGCUGAUUCCAAAAAUCGUAGAUUUAAUGGCGUUUUUUUGAAAUCAACGUUUUUACGGCCGAUUUUUAGCGGCCGAGAUCCGUUUUGUGUAUGUUACAGUAAUCCUAGGUCCGAAAAAUUUGUCCCAUUGAAUUUAGAACGCUUGAAAACCUCUAUACAGUAAUUUUUACCAACUUUCCUAUGCUAAAUUUGCACCGUAAUCCACGAAAAACAAAAUUCUGAUGCACAUCAACCACAAAAAAAAAAGUUUCAAAUCGGGAAAACUGUUUGCAUAACUUUGUUAGGGUGCCCAAGGGUAGCUCAAAUUAAAAAUUGGAAACGAGUCGGACUGACCAAAAAAUAGUAGUAGUAGUAGAUUUGAAAACCUUAUUUUAGACAUCUUUUGCUACUAAAUCGUUUCGUAACGAAGCAAUUGCCUAAAUUCUUUUUUCUAUGAGCAUAAUUAGAGUAUUUUUAGAGAACAAUAAGCAACCCUGUGUCAUAUACUAGCUUACUCACUCAAAAUUCCAAAAAAAGUGAUAUUUAGGUGACUAAAAUAAUAUUUUAAAAAUCUGUAAAUUUUGACUCAGCUAGGUCCACUAUGAUCUAAAAAGACAAUAAGAGCAUAAUUAGUGGCAUCCGCACCAGUUUAGAAGCUGUUCUAAGAACCUUGUUUUAGGUGAUAUUGGCCAUUUUUGAAAUUGGCGCAGCGAAGUUGAAACCAACUCCAAAAGCUCAGUACAGCCUUAGAAAGACAUCUCAAUUUACAUAGACAGUUUUAAAACUUUGACUUCAGUCAUAAACUUUCAUUAUUUUUGGUAUAAGAUCAGGUAUGCUACUAUAAGGUAAAACUUUUUUUCGACCUAAGAGUUAAAAUUUUUGCAGUUAAUCUCCCUUAACAGGAUGUUAUGAGAUAAUAUAGUUAAUUAAUUAGACUAUUUAACGCUGUCGGACAUUAAAAGCUGCCCAAAGUAAUAUAAUCCAUAAGGUAAAAAAGCUUAAAAUCGCAUCUACUUUUUUAUUAUCUGUCCGAUUUGCUUCAAACUUCGCAUACUACCUUAGAAUGCAAUAUUCUGAAGAUCGUUGCAAUCACUUUCCGUGUUUCAACCGUUUUAGACAAGUUAUUCGGCCGCAAAGUUUGCAAAAAUUCGAUUUUCUCCGGCCGUUUGUCGCUAACCUGGUGGCCGAAGAACGCCAAAAUCUAUUAAUUUAAAAAAUAUGGGUCCUUCGCAAUGUUUUAAUCGCAGGUUCAUGUUAUUUUGUUCAUUACCCACUGCACAGUAAGCUAAAACAUUAGAGACCCUUAAAAAACCGAAUGCCAAAAAUCUUGGCAUUCUGUUUGUGGUUGAUGUGUGAUGUCAUCUUCAAAAAAUGCUUUCAAAAAUGCAAAUCACUUUUUAUAAAGGUUUUCAUACUUCCCAUGCAUGCUAUACAAUUCAGCCCAAUUGAUUUUUUAUGGUUCUGGGCAGUAUUACGGAUUUUGCUUCCAUGGGGAUCGAACUCGCGACCCUUGGAUUACUAAAUUUGGCCAAAAUCCACUAUACCACGAAAAACGGAUCAUGGCUUUUUACACUUUUUUUUAAUGUUUCUAGGGCAGAAUUUUACGCUGAUCAACAUAUGUAAAAAUCAGCUGCGGGUUUUUAGAAACAAAUUUUUUAUGGCCGAUUUUGUGCGGCCGAACCUAUAUUGCGGUAUGUUGCAGUAACCCGACUGCUGAAAUCCUGUAACUGUUAUGAUGGACAUGGCCUAAAAAAUAAGUAUUACCAAUUUCAGCCAUUUCUAAUCAGUAGUUUUCUUGUAAUGGUCGAUUACUGUAAAAUCAUUAAAUUGUAAAUUACAGUAGGUUAAUGAAGGAAUUGGGCAAAAAUAUUUCAGCAUUAUGUUUAUAGGAUGCCUACAGUCAUUUUAAAAUCAAAAACUCAAAAUCGAUUUUUUCCUAUGUCCAGGCCUAACUGGCGGCUGAUUCAGUGACUCAAAAAUCGUGUUUUACAAAAUUCGUAUUUUGGCAUUUGACAAAAAAUUGAAAUAAUGACUUUCAGGAGUCCUUACGCGGAAACGUUUCCAAUGUUCUAGAGCACUAUUUUGCGCUGCCUUCGAAUAUCUUUCUAACAGCCGCAAAAACUUCCCAUAAAAAAUUUUACAUUUGAAAAUUUGUAGAUAUUCACAUAUUUCAUGAUGUUACAGUAUUCAAUCUUGUAAAAUUUGCUAAAAAUUCGACUCCCCAUAGUGGAAAACAUGUGUAUCCACGUUUGAAUGACGUCACUUCGGCUUACUGGGUUCUGGCGGUGCUCUCCGAUUAAAACGAAAAAGUUCAACUUUUUGGUGAUUUGGGCAAAAUUGAACGAAAUCCUUUGAGGAAUAGUCUUUUUACGUGCCAUGCGUUGUUUCUAAACAAAAAAAUCGCUUGCAAAAAAUUUUCAGUUCUUCGGCAGAUUUGGGCCCACAAAAAUCAUGAUUUUCAAAAAUUUCGUAAAAUCCAAAAUUUUGCCUUUUUAGGGAACAAUGUUAAUUAUUAUUUAUUUUUACCACGGUUCCAAUAGAUUAAAACUGUUUUGGGACAAUUUCCAGCGCGUUUGAGCAUUUAUGCUUCCACCCGGACUCGAACCCGGGACCUUUUGAAUGGUAGUCCGACCCACUACCGGUUGCGCCACGACAUUUUUGUACACCUAUCUGGAGAUGCGCAUAUAGUCUAUCCGAUGCAGAAUUUGAUGCUGAUUCCAAAAAUGCAAAAAAAUUCCGAGAAAAUUGUUGAAAAAAAUCGAGAAAAUCGAGAUUUUUUGAUUGAGCAUGGGCGUUACGGUAUGUUACAGUAACCUGACAAACUUGGGGUCAAUUACAAAGUUGUUCAGCAUGGCCUAUAGCGCAUGUGUAUUCAAUUCUGCGAUGUUUCGGCAAUAAAUUAGUACAAUAUAUCACAUUAAACGAAAUUCUAUAAAUAUGUCAUAUCUCGGUCAUGAUGACGAAUUUUUCGAAAAAAAUUCACCAAGUUGUUUAACAACCUAUAUGUCAUCAGAUGAGACAGAAAAAAGUGGGGGUCAAAUUCUAGGGCAGACCCCCAUUUGAGCCUGCUUCAGCAACUCGCGAAGUCUCUUUUAAACGACAAUUCAAGUAGACUACAGUUCAUAAAUUCGAUGUACUCGUUCUUCCACAGUUCCACUAUAACCUCAAUUUUUUCAGAGCUAAAGGCAGGAACGUGCAAGGUGAAGCGCUGUGAAAGAGAUUGCAGAAGGGUUGGGUUCAAGUACGGAUACUGUAGCAAGAUUAAUCGGUGUACAUGCAGAAGCAAGAAAGUACGGAUAUGAAUAGUAACAAAAGGUUUUUGUAAGGAGGUCCGGGAGAGCCUUCACUUCUUCUUACAAAAAAUAAAUCUCGCCGAAUAAAUGUUAUAUGUAUACAAUACUUCACAGAACUUCCCAAUUUAUGAGCAGAAGCAGAAGCUGAAAAAAAUUCAUCAAAUUAAUAAUAAAGUAAAAACAACAGCAAAAAGUGUUCUUAACGGCUUUUUUGGGUCAAAAUAGAAAAAAUACUGGGCAAAAUUCGAUUCAAACAGAACCGCUGAUAAUCUUGCCGUGUUCUACGCAUCAUUUGUCGACAGUUAUAACGACGCACAACUCUGCGAAAGUUGCGAAAAUCCCCUUCCAGUAGUCUGCAAGCUGCACGCGCAAGCUUCGAAAACCUGGCGACUUUUCACUUUAAUAUUUUGGCGACUACUCGUUAAAAAGUAACUAGUAGUACUUCAAAUAGCUCAACAGAACAUCGAUCGCUUGGGUGAAACCUCAUUUAUUUCGAUAAGCCCAUUAAAACGUCUUAUGUCAUCUUUUUUCAUGUCGCAUCGAGUAAUAUAGCGCAAUAUUAUGUCAUUUAUAUGCAAAAAUAUCGCCGUGGAACCGGUUUUGAUUAGCAGAAAGCGAGAACGGUCUGAGCAAUAUAAAAGUCGGCAAGACAAAGUGCUUGCUUAAUAAUUCUUCGCCUUUCUGUGAAAUGGUAUCGGUUUUAUUCAAAUUUUGUGGACUCUUCGUUAUUUGCGGGACUGUAGCUGCUUCCGGUAGGUAUCUUAGGCAUGGUUUUUGAAUUUUACGUAGCAGUAAGCGUUAAGAGAAAAAGCAUUUAGGGCUUUUUGAACAUGGGUGGGUUCCAAUUAACGGCCACGAUGAGCACGCCGCCGAAUCUCACGGGAAUGAUGUUGAAUGGGCCGAAAAUCAUCGUAGUGAACAUGGUGAUGAACAUGACAGGCAUCAUAGCCACCAUGGGAAGCAUGGCUUUGCCAAAGGCGAUCAAUCCGACUGGGCGAGGUUAGACUACGGGGGGCAUAAAGCGCAAGAAUCCGGAGACGCCUGGGAAUCUGAUUAUCAUAGAGAAAGUGGGAAUGAUCACGGACAUCAAAGUGGAUUCGAGGAAGGAGAUGUUCAUGGUCAUGAGGGACAUGGAAGCUAUGCCCUUGAGGAUGGACACCAUGGUGGACACCAUGGCCAUGAUGAAAAUCACCAUCAUGGACAUCGUCACCAUGGGCAUGCUGAUGGCCUUGUUUAUCAAACCGCUCCAAUUCACGAAUCAGCUCAUCAACAAGGCUACUAAAAAAUUUGUUCAUAAAAUACCUAUUACGUAUGACUAA